UCAGCUAGAAAGAGUAGUAGUUUUACCAGGUACUAUUGUUGUGUGUGUACUGUAAAUGGGGGUUUAACCUCCUACGGCCUUUCUGCACUAAACCUGGCUAAUGGACAGACAUGCUAUGAAGACAGUGGAGUUGAGUAGUUUCACCUCUUUUUGAAGUUUUAUCUGUGACCAAACAUUUGUACACUAGUCGAUAAACUCUAGUCUCUUGUUACGUAGGAAUUCAAAGAUUAAAAAAAUUGGAUUAACUGAACGUUAGAUCUUAUGUUUAUAAUUGGAGUAAAAUCAACCAACAGUAUUGUUUGUAAUUGUCAUGUAGGAAUAAUUUCUAGUCAAAUUCAUCGAAUCAACUUGAUUCGAUAAGUUCCAGUUUAAAAAAAACACAUUAAAAAAAAGAGCCCCACGAGUAGUGAUUUUGAGAAUAUGGAAGGAACAGUAUCCAAUGGAAAUUGUAACGGACACACAAAUGGAUAUAAGGUGCAUAAAAAUGGUCACGUAAACGGAAUAAACGGCACAAAUGGAAUAAAUGGUACGAACGGGAAAAAAUUAAACGGCAAAAAUGGAAACACGUUAAAGAACUGGAGAGAUGAUUUCCACGAAUCUUUUGAAGAAACGCCUUUACUGGUGGCCAUCUUAACAUAUCUAAGUUAUGUGAUUAUUGUUGUCAUCGGUUACAUUCGAGAUAAUUUGCGAUAUUUGGGAUUAGAAAAAGAUAAAUGUCUCAACGAACCUAAAAUUGAGGGAUUUGUACCUCUAUAUCAAAGUUGGGAAAAUUUCUAUAAGAGAAAUAUGUAUAAUAGAGUGGGGGAUUGUUGUAAUAGACCAAUAGGAAGUAUAGCAGGGGCCUAUAUGGAUGUACUAGAGAGAGAUUCAGAAGAUUUCAAUAGAACAUUAGAAUUAACAGGAAAGAAAAUACCUGCUAUGAAUUUUGGUUCGUAUAAUUAUUUGGGAUUUAGUGAGAAUGAUGGACCAUGUGCUGCUACUGCUGUAGAGAGAACAACGACUACUGGUAUUGGUGUUUGUAGUUCACGACAAGAACUAGGUUAUUUGGAAAUUCACCGAGAAUUAGAUUUAUUAACAGCAGAGUUUCUGGGUGUUGAAGAUGCUAUUACGUUUCCGAUGGGUUUCGCUACAAACUCCAUGAAUAUUCCCUGUUUCAUGGAACCGGGUUGUCUGUUAUUAAGUGAUGAGUUAAAUCAUGCUUCGCUAGUACUAGGGUCUAGAUUAACAGGUUCAGCCAUUAAAGUAUUUAAACACAACAAUAUGGAGGAUUUGGAGAAGAAGCUAAAAAAUGCUGUUGUAGAAGGUCAGCCCAAAACACACCGACCUUGGAAAAAAAUACUCAUAGUUGUGGAGGGAAUUUAUAGUAUGGAAGGGUCGAUAGUUUGUCUUCCAGAGAUUAUACGACUCAAGAAGAAAUAUAAAGCGUACGUGUAUUUAGAUGAGGCUCAUAGUAUCGGUGCGUUGGGACCGCGGGGUCGUGGGGUCACAGAUUAUUUUGGUAUUCAUCCAUCUGAGAUUGAUAUUAUGAUGGGAACGUUUUCCAAAAGUUUUGGUGCAUCUGGUGGAUAUAUAGGGGGUUCGAAGGCUAUGGUAAAUUAUCUUCGUGCUAAUUCGUAUUCUAUUGUAUAUUCGUGUUCGAUGUCUCCACCUGUAGCACAACAAAUCAUCAGUUCUAUGAGAACUAUCAUGGGAAAGAAUGGUAAUAAUGAUGGAUUAAGAAGAAUUCGUCAACUAGCGUGGAAUACCCGUUAUUUUAGAAGGAGAUUGCGUGAAUAUGGUUUUAUUGUAUACGGUAAUAAAGAUUCACCUGUAGUACCUAUUUUAAUAUUUUAUCCAGCUAAAGUCGCGGCUUUGGAGCGUAACUGUUUAUCAUCAGGUUUAGGUAUUGUGGUAGCUGGAUUCCCUGCAACUACGAUUAUAGAAUCUCGAUCUCGACUCUGUCUUUCAGCAGCUCAUACCAAAGAAAUGCUGGACAGGGCUUUAGAUAUUUUGAAUCAACUAGGAAAUGAAUUAAAAUUAAAAUAUUCUAGAUUAAGUCGAGUGGCCGAGUUCCGUGAAGAUGAUUCUAUACUAAUUACAAGUUAGAUUAACGAAGUUUAACAUUCAGUAAAUAUUAUUUUUAUUGAAGCUUCUGUGAAAAAUAUAUAGAAAUAUAAUAUUGUAAAUAAACUCGCGGAAAUCUACGUUUGAUAAAGAACUAUAUGUAACAAAAUCGUACCAGGAAUGAGAAGACCUAGUUGAACACAGUGUUAACUUUAACAAAGUUCCUGUGGUGAAGCAUCCAGUCUUUGAAGUUUGAAUUAAAAGAAUAACAGUUGUACAGAUAUUAAUAUAUUUUGAUGGGAACAACAACAUCAACCCUAAAUUAAAUUAUGUUAUAAUACUUUGGAAUAACUGGCCGAAAAAUUAUCGCUAAAUUUACUACGACCAGCUACGAUUCUCUCAGAGAAAUUGAGCUUUAUAGCAGGGCUUUUGUUUUAACCAUAUUUUCUAGUCGUAACUGACUGAUAGUGAAAUUGACUGACUGAAAAACUUUAUUAGUCAAUUUACAUGAAAUAGAAUUUCAAUUUCUUUUUUAAUAUUUUUAUUCAGGUUGUCUGAAUGGGAUCAAGGAACAGGCUUAGCCUAUGUAAAACCCCUCUCCCUGAAUAAUAAUUUAUAUAUAUAUACAUAAUAUAAAAGAAGAAAGGGGUGUAUAUAUACAUAGAUAAAAUAGCAAACACAUACAAAUUUCUAUUUCAAAGGAUUUAGCCUUAAAACCCACUUAAAUUUAUAGCUUCUGCUAAAACUUAUCCAAAAAAAAAGCCCCGCUGUAAAGUUUAAAUUUUUUAUUGAAAUGAAUGAAUGUUGUUAUGGAAGUCUUAGAACAACUUAAUACCUAAAACCUGAAAUGGAAAUUUAUGAGGUCAUCUUCCAGAAUUCUCGAGUUGACAUGGUAAAUCUGUGCACAUACUUUCUGUAAUUCUUGCAAAUAUUUAGUCUUUAAAAAUGGACUGUGAGAAAAUGAAAAGACAAAAUAAGACCAACCUAGUCAUUGCGUGUAAAUGAAAUUUAUCAGAGUAUAAACUGGUCUUGAGAAAUCUGUCUAGAUAAAAGAUUUUGUUCACUUGUUUGCAGGCCUGGAAGUAAUGGUGUUAGUUGUCUGUCUGGCACAAAUGACCGGGUUCCUCACAUUUUGAAAUUUGUACCAGAAAUGUAUUAUAAAUAUGUUUAAAAACUCAAAAACUAGUACAAGUCUGUGCCUGACCUGACAAACUUGAAUUUGUGCCGGACAUUGUCGGUGACAUUUGCCUUGUUUCCAGGCCUGAUUGAUUUUAUACGGUAAACUACCGAUAUGUGUAAAUAUAUUAUAUAUGAUGAUUGAUGUGUCAUGGCUUAAUGAAAUAUUUUCAUGCGUUCUUGCGUACUUCAUAAACCAAUCAAACAGAAACCAUGUUAUUAUUAUCGGUUAUGUUAUUUGUUAAUAUGACCAUUAGAAAACCAAUCAAACGAAACCAUAUUAUUAUUAUUAAUCAUUAUGUUAUUAAUAUGACGUACAGUAGAAAACUGGAAGCCCACUUUAACUUGACUAUCAGCAGUAUUACUUGUAGUUUGAUCCUUGUCCCAGGGUCAUGAAAUAAAUCUUUUACUCGGUUUAAAAAUGAUAAAACUUUGAUAUAGUUUCAGGGUUGAGUCGCGAGGUUAACUAAUAUAUGAAUACUGCAUGAGGUUGUUAAGCAACUUGUUAAAAUAUGCUAAUCCAAUAUUUUCCACCAUUUUGUAUAAAUAAUAUACAGCAUAUUGUGGUAACAUAUUUGAAAUAUUGCUGGACUGACGUCAAUGGAUGACGUCACAUCUGUGUUUGGAACUCAAAUAUAGCAUCAUUCAAUAUGGAGGGUACUUGUCGACUCUUAUCUUGUAACAAAUUUCAGGAGCUGUGGAUGUUUUAUCGGUUUAAAGACGAAUAUUGAUAUUCUAUCUUCAUUAAAAUUUAGUUGAAACAUGAGCAAUAAAAAAAAAAGUUUCAUGGCCUCUGGUCUCGCUACAACAGGAAUACAAGUCCGUGAACCUAAAAUCAAAGUUUUAGUCAUUCUUGUAGCCAUCGGUUUCAAACUACCUUCUCAACCCCUCUUCCAUAUCAUGCCUUGACAAUUCAUUAUCAAUGUAAACUUUUGUUUCAUUGGACAUUCCAGAAAAUAUGUAGCCAGUCAAUUGGGCCGUCACUUUCAACUUUCUUAAUGGGCUGUGUGAUUAAUAAUUUGUCUCAAUUAUCCAGUAUGUGCAAUGAAUCAUAAUGUAAUCUGAAAGACUGGAUAUUCAGACAUAUGUAUCUAAAAGCCGAGACAUUUAUAUGUGUUCUACAAUUUGAUUAAAACACAGAUCCUAUUUCAUUUCGUUUUUUCCGGUUUCCUCCCACUGCUAAAGACCCCUACGCGCAAGCGAAUUAUUGAAAUAAAAUUUAAAAAAAACACGUUAGUCCCGAAAUGACCUAGUUUGUGUCGAGUGGACGUUAAACCCCAUUUCUCUCUCUCUCUCUCGUUUCGUUUUUUAUACAGUGGACUCUGUCAAAUCCGACAUCGUACGGGAUCGUUACAAUAUGUCAGAUUACGCAGAGUGUCGGAAUAUUCGGUUUUCUCAAAACCGGGAGUAUUAUUGUAACUUCAAAAACCGGAAGUAGUUUAAGAUUUCAUUUUACUUGUCUUCACAACAGAGAACAUCGAAAGUAUAAAAAAAAACAAAACGAAAUAUCGAUCUGUAUUUGAAUCAGAUUGAGGUGUUCUACACAUGUUAUGCCACGAUGCCAGAAGUUAAUUAAUUUUCUGCAAUGUCACCCUUGAAGGAUGCGGACUUUAAGUCUUGCGAACGAACAAAUUGGUUAAUUAAGGAUGUAGUUUGAAAUGAAAUGAAAUGGGGUUUAACGUCCUACUGUUCUGCUCCUAACCUGGGCUAAUGAAGACGGGCAUACGCCAUACAGUGUGCUAUGAGGGAAAUUUUGCCCAGACAGCUGCACUACGGCCUACUCUUAUAUCGAAUUCCAACUGCCAAGGGAUCUUUUACGUGCACGCCAAUGUGUACACGGGACCUCUGUUUUUCGUCCCAUCCGAACGACUAGACAGCUUUCCUUGCCAGCCCCUCCGUCCUGCAUCACUGACAAGGGAGAACCACGCCGGAAAAUCUGGAUGAAGUUUCUCGGCCAAUGCAGGGAUCGAACACCCGACCUCCAGGCUAGCGAGGUAGCGUCUUACCCACUUAGCCACGUGAUCCCCAUGUAGUUUGAAACCGAUGUGUGUAAGACUGAACCCGACUGUGUGCAUAGACAUGUGAUCAUGUUUGGGAUUAAGGUAGAUUUUUCUAAAAAAUGCAGCAGGAACAUUCAUCAAUCCGAAGGGCAUCCAGCCAGUUGUAGUCUACAAUACAUAUCGGUAAUUCACAAUUCCAUACAGUUACAUCCGAGAAUUAAACUGAAACAAAACUUAGUUUGAAUUUGUAAUUGAAAUUCAUUUUCUUUUGUUAAUAUGUCAACUGUAGAUUCCAGAUAGCAAAAACUUUCAGACGCAUGUCCAAAGGGAGUCCAGACCAGGGGAUCCGGACACGCCCCUGUCUUAAUUGUCUUCUCACAACAAAAUGAACAUUUUAUUUUACUUGCUGAAGAAAGAUACUAUCAAGGCAGUAACAGAGUGAAUGUUUUUUGCUAUCUUAAUCCAAGAAUUGACAUUUUAAUUAAGAAUUGUUAAUUUUUAGGUUCGUAAUUGUCCUAGUCGUUAUAUGAAUAUAUCACAAAUAUUUUAACCACCAUCUUUUGUAAAAAAAACAAACUAUGAUCAUAAUUUAUAUGUUUAAUGUGAACCUUAUAAUUUAUAAACCUUUGUAUUAUCACAAAACCAUCUUUUAAUACAACGACUUUAUUAAAAUCCACUGAACUUAAACUAGGUCAUUUCAGGAAUAGAGACAUUGUGAUAUAAGAUCCCCAGUUUACUUGUUGAACUACCCCUGGUAGAUGGGAGUUUGCGGAAAAACCACUGUCAAGGCAAAAUUCAUUUGGGGACUAACACGUGGUAGAUCUUGAUCCUUUGACUAUUCAGAGACAUUGUGCGAUAAAGCACAUGUGUUAGAUACCCAGUUUACAUGUUGAAGAACUCCUGGUAGAUAGCAUUCAAAACAAGAGCCACUGUCAAGGCAAAAUUCUCCUGUUUCAGAAAACGGUUUUUCUCAAGAAAUGAGACUUCUUACUCAGACUUCCUAGGAAAAUGGAUCAAGAGAAGAGUUUCAAUAAAAGUCAAAGUAUUAAAAUUCGGUUCGAUCAAUUGUUCCAGUGGUGAACUUUGAUAUAAUUAGAACCAUGAGACCUGAGUUUCCAGGAAAGUUUUGAUAAAGUUGUUGUAUUUAAAGAGAUUGUAGGAUAUUUAUUCCAUUGUGUUGAUUAGUUUCUAGGAUUGUAAAUAAUUGUAUAUACCAUGUCUUUAUUAUAUAUAAACAGUUACUAUCAUCGCCAUCUUCGCAUAAUCGUGAACUUUUUAUAUUAUAUGCUUGCUACCCUUGGUUCAUCACAUGUUAUUAUUGUCGCAGAGUUUGCGUGACUCUGUUAGGGCUCCAAACAGAAUCGUUUAUCAAUGAAAUAGACUAUAUAUUAGUGACUAAAAGUCGUUAGACUUUCUGGGGAACAAUAGAGGCUCUGGCUUUAAUUAAAUCCCACUAUUGGCCAAGAAAGUUCCUUUGUAUUUGGGGGAGGGGGGGGGGCUGAAUGGUUAGCACGUGGUGCUGUACCAUAAAGUCUGUCAUUGAGUCAACUGGCGUGGUUUCGAUUCUCCGGUUGUACGUGACAAGGAGUAGGGUCGCCUGUCCAACCUCGUGGGUUUUCUCCGGGUCCCCAGGUUUCCUCCCACUGCUAAAGACCCCUACGCGCAAGUGAAUUAUUGAAAUAAUAUUGAACCAUGUGUUAAUCCCGAAAUGACCUAGUUUGUGUGGAGUGGACGUUAAACCCCAUUUCUCUCUCUCUCCCUCUCUCUCUCUCUCUCUCUCUACUUUGAACUGUCUAAUCCUCCCCCCUCCCCCUUUUCAAUCUAAUGGUGCAGGAGGGAAGGACAUGCAACGAUUUUCCCCUGGUUUUAACCUGUGUGCCCAUAAAAUAACCCCCCAAGAAUUUCCCUCAUGGUACGCCACGUGUCAAAUUCCUGACUUCAUUAUCCCUGUUUGUGUAGGAAAGUAGGACAUUAAAAUCCAUUUCAUUUGGGAGCUGUGGUGACUCGGUGAGUAGGAUACUCGCUCGCUAGCCGGGAGGCUGUGGGUUAGCUCCUGGUAUUGUCAGGGGUGCAGGACGGAAGGACUGCCAGGGACAGUAGUCAUUCAGAUGGGGUGAAAAACUGAGGUCCUGUGUGCAAGUAAAAGAUCCCUUGACCGUUGGAAUUCGAUAUAAGAGUAGGCCGUAGCACCACUGCCCGGGCAAAAUUUCCCUUAUAGCACAUUGUAUGACGUAUGACAGUCUUCAUUAGCCCAGUUCGGAGCAGAAUAUUAAACCCCAUUUCAUUUAAUUGAGAUUGUUAAAGGACACAAUACUCUGAAAGCAGUGUGAUGAAUCAAGGAUCGUAAGGAUACUCUAUUGGUGGCGUUUAUGACAGUAUGGAUCAUCUCCACCUCUAGAAAUGUCUGCUUGAUUAUUAUUUUUAUUAUGUUAAAGACAUCUGUUGCCAUAGGAACACUUUGUAGAUAUAAGGAGAUGCGAGAACUAAAAUGUUUCAGAUACUAAGUGUGUCAAGGGUUAAAAACACUUAUAAAAUAUAAAAAUAAUUUUAAAGUGAAUAUAAUCAAAUACAACGUGUUAGUACUCAUAUUGGUCACAGGACAUUUAAGAUACGAUCGAUGUCAAGAUUGGUCACAUCUUUAGGAUUAAUUGGUUUUUGCCUGGAGUUCUCGGGUUCGCUCCUGCUGCUGGCCAAGCAAGUUCGCCAGGAUUUUCCGACGCGGUUUCUGACUUUAGCAAAAUUAGCCUGCUGAAAAAAUGGAUCCUAUGACAUAACAUGUUAAAAACAACGCUUCCUCUCCUAAAACAGAAUCAAUCAUCGUACGUACUCUUUCCCACAGACUGCGACCUUGACUCCUGAGUAUCCAGUCAUGAGGGGCCUUUGGAAUCAUGAUGUAUGUAGCAUGCUUAAAAAAACCAUUCAUCUCCGAAGAGAGCCCCAGCUAAGAUGGGUAGCCUAAUUGAAGGCCGAGGGCAUCUAGUUGUAUCUUUGGAGGGGCUGAGAUCUCUACCCAACCCAACUCUAUCUGGAGUACGGAUGAGAUCUGUACCCAACCUAGCUCUAUCUGGAGUAUGGACCAGGUCUUUAAUUGCUUGCUAUUGUAGAUAAAUGUACCAUAUUAUUAUUAUUAACUAUAUUUUGUUAAAGUAUUAUCUUGUGAAUA